AUGAUCUCAACUUCUAGAAAGUAUGACUACUACUCUCACGUUGCUGGACAGAAUUUUCCAAAAUCUCUACAGCCUUAUUACUAUGGGAUUCACGCUUUAUUCCUUGAAGCGCUGAAAUCAAGAGAAAUAUCUAAGGAAACAUCAAUAUGUAAUACGAGACUGAUGUGGUGGGAACAAUCUCUUAUAGACAUAGAAAAAGGCCAUAAAGCAAAGGAACCAGUGACAAGAGUGCUUUAAGAAGCAAUGUCAAAAACACCCAUCAACAUGAAUCUACUGAAGAGAAUAGUUAACUAUUAGAUGUUUGACAUUGAUAGAGGUGAUAUCUAAACAAUGAAAGAAUUAGAAGUAUAUGCUGAAAACACUAGAUCAAUGCUACUUUAUCUAAAUUUGCACCUCCUUAGAAUAGACGAUAAAAAUGCAUUAUCUGCAGCAUCUCAUUUAGGUAGAUGUAUAGGUCUUUGUGAUGUUAUAAAAAAGAUUCCAUUUUAUCUUGCUAAAAAUAGAGGCUAUAUGCCUAAUGAGCUACUAUUGAAGCACAAUCUGCAUUUCGAUAAAAUAUGGGACUCUAGAAGAGAAGGUAUAGUUUAAGAAGAAUUUUUCGAUGUAAUUUUAGAAGUUGCAGCAUAUGCUAAGAAGCACCUUGAGCUUGGAAGAGAGUUCGGAGAUAAAUUGCCAAAGCAUACUCAUAGGGCGUUUUUACUUUCAAUAGAAGCAGAGUAAUUCCUUAAAGACUUAGAGGCUUAUAACUUUAACAUCUUUGAAGAGCAUUUUAGGAAGAAAUACUAUUUAAAAAUUCCAUUCCGCAUGUAUAGAGCAGCUAAAAAUGAGAAAUUCUGA